AUGAGCCAAAUGAUGCAACAAACUAUGAAUCAAAUGAUGCUGCACCAGAAACAAAUUAUAGAGGCUCUUGAGAAUAAGAGAGAAGAGGGACAGCUACCUAGUCAGCCCAUAGAAAAUUCAGGGAACCGCCCAACAAUAGGAUUUCAGCAAGGGGAGUCUAGUAGCAUGAAUCUAGGAAAAAACCCACGAAAUGAAAAUGUUAGGACAGUGAAUGCAUUAAGGAGUGGUAAGAUCUUACUUGAUCCUUACCCCCAAACAUUAGAAGAAAAAGAAAACGUGGACAAAUCAAAACAAAAUCAAAUAGGAGUAGAAGAAGAUUUUAUAGAUUCUACCAAGGAAAUUUUGAAAGAGAGGACGACCAUUCCAUUUCCUAGAGCUCUAGAGCCUAGACAAAGAAAGAAAAAGGAACACAAUGAAAAAAUAAAGAAAAUUUUACAAGAUGUGCAAAUUAGUUUUCCUUUACUCACUACCAUUGAACAUAUUCUUGAAUAUGCUAGAGUUUUGAAAGAAAUGUGUACACCAAAAAGGGCACCUAGAGGUGAAAAAUUAUCUAUGCAUGCUAGUGCAUUAUUAUUAAAUCAAUUACCAUAUAAAUUGAGAGAUACAGGUGCCCCUUUAAUUUCAUGUGAUAUUGGUGGAUUCAUUUUUUAGAAUGCAUUACUUGACACCGGUGCUAGUAUUAAUUUAUUACCUGUAAGUAUUUGUGAUAAAUUUAAUAUUUCUGAUCUUAAACCUUCUACUGUUACCUUACAAUUUGCUGAUAGAUCCAUAAACAUCCUAAAGGUAUUUUAGAAAAUGUGAUAGUGACAGUUAAAGGGUGUAAAUUUCCAGCUGAUUUUGUAGUGCUGGAAAUGGAUCUUAAUGGAUAGUUUUAUGAUACACCAAUCAUCCUAGGGAGACCAUUUUUGCAUACAGCAAAGAUGAAUAUUGAUUUUUCCACAGGUAUUGCGAAAAUUUCAUGUGGAGAUCAAUCAGUAGAAAUUAAAAUUUUUGAGGUAUCAAAUGAUCUUAAGAAAUCCCAAGUAUAUGAUUGUCAUACCAUAGAUCUUCUAGAUGAUUUUGAUGAUCCAGAUGUUAUUGAUGACUGUGUGCUGGAAGAAUUAGAGGAAAUAGAGAAUAUAAAUUUAGAAGAAAAGAAAGAGGAAGAUCAUUUGAAUUUAGAGUUGAAACCUCUUCCCUCUAGUUUAAAAUAUAUGUUUUUGGAGGAAAAUAAUUCAUUUCCUAUUAUUAUUGCAGCUGAUUUGAGUAAUAAACAGGAAGAAGAAUUAUUAGAUGUACUUCGAAAAAAUAAGAAGGCUAUGGGCUAGAAAAUGGAUGAUCUAAGGGGCAUUGAUAUGAGUGUAUGCAUGCAUAGUAUAUAUCUAGAGGAAGGGGCUAGAACUAGCAGGGAACCACAACGAAGAUUAAAUCCUAACAUGAUGGAAAUUGUAAAAAAAGAAAUUUUAAAGUGGCUGGCUGCUGAUAUUAUUUAUCCUAUUUCAGAUAGCAAAUGGGUUAGUCCUACACAAGUGGUGCCAAAAAAAUCAGGGAUCACAGUUAUAAAAAAUGAAAAUGGAGAUGAAAUACAAACAAGAUUAACUACUGGUUGGAGGGUUUGCAUUGAUUAUAGAAAAUUAAAUUCAGUUACUAGAAAAGAUCAUUUUCCCCUACCAUUUACUGAUCAAAUUCUAGAAAAAUUAGCUGGAAAAAACUUUUUUUGUUUUCUAGAUGGAUACUCUAGUUAUAAUCAAAUUUAUAUAAACCCUUUAGAUCAAGAAAAAACAACUUUCACUUGUCCAUUUGGUACUUUUGCUUUUAAACGCAUGCCUUUUGGUCUGUGUAAUGCUCCAGCCACAUUUCAAAGAUGUAUGUUGUCUAUUUUUUCUGAUAUGAUUGGAAAAUGCAUGGAGAUUUUUAUGGAUGAUUUUUUUAUUUUUUGCGAAUCUUUUGAUGAAUGCUUAAAUCAUUUACAGCAUGUACUUGAGAAAUGCAUAAAGAAAAAACUAAUUUUGAGUUGGGAGAAAUCACAUUUUAUGGUUAAAGAGGGAGUUGUGUUGGGUCAUAUUGUGAGUGAAAGGGGUUUAGAGGUGGAUAGAGCAAAAAUUGAUAUUAUAUCUAAAAUGAAACCUCCAAAUUCAGUAAAACAGAUUAGAUCUUUCUUGGGUCAUGCAGGUUAUUACAGAAAAUUUAUUCAGGAUUUUUUGAACAUUUCUAAACCUCUCACCAUGCUAUUAUCUAAAGAUGUGCCUUUUAAUUUUGAUGAGAAAUGCUUUGAGUCUUUUUCUGAAAUAAAAAGAUUACUUAAUGAGGCACCCAUUUUACAAGCUCCUGAUUGGUCCCUUCCCUUUGAAAUAAUGUGUGAUGCAUCGAAUUAUGCAGUGGGGGCUGUUCUAGGACAAACAAAAGAGUCAAAACCCAUAGUAAUUUCAUAUGCUAGUAAAACUAUACCCGAUGCUCAAUUAAAUUAUACCACGACUGAAAAAGAGUUGUUAGCUGUAGUAUUUUCGUUAGAAAGGUUUAGAUCAUAUAUUUUGGGAGCUAAAAUUAUUAUUUAUACUAAUCAUGCAGCAUUAAAAUAUCUAUUAAAUAAGAAAGAUGCAAAGCCACGUUUAUUAAGAUGGAUUUUAUUGUUGCAGGAAUUUGACUUAGAAAUAAAAGAUAAAAAAUGUUUCGAGAAUGUUGUUGCUGACCAUCUUUCUAGAUUAAGUGAUACAGGAAUAAAUGCAGCACCUUUACAAGACGCAUUUCAAGAUGAACAAUUGAUGGCAGCUCAACAUCAACCAUCACCAUGGUAUGCACAUAUUGUUAAUUUUCUAGUUUCUAGAAAAACUCCAGAAUAG